GUUUCACUUGGACGCUGCUACCACCAGCAGUACUGGGUUGAGUUGUUGGUCGUCUUUUCGGCUGUUAUUGAAUCAACAACGAUGUCUGAAGGAGACAGUUUGAGAGAAUUGGUCACAGAGAGACUAACGGCUGCUGCUGAAGACAUAUUUAAGCUUGUUAAAACUACUAUCGUCGAGUACAAGGAGGAGCUCGAGCGUCAACGGAAACGGUUGGAUAUCUUCUUGAGCCCUAAAAUCUACUUACACAGAACAGAUGAGCCGCACCAACUUGUGUGUAAAGAAGAGGAGUCUCUGUCUAACCGGGAGAAGAACUCCAGUCCAGACCAAGAGGAGGCAGAGCCUCCACGGGUUAAAGAGGAACCAGAGGAACCCUGCAGCAUUCAGGAGGGAGAGCAGCUUGAACUGAAGGAGGAGACUGAAACGUUCAUGUUGACUCCUGCUCAUGAAGAAAGAAACCACAGUGAACCAGAACUACAUGAACAGCAGUUCUUUUCUAGUUUGAGAGAAUUGAUCACAGAGAGACAAAAGGCUGCUGCUGAAGACAUAUUUGAGCUUGUUCAAACUACUAUCGUGGAGUACAAGGAGGAGCUCGAGCAUCAACGGAAACAGCUGGAUAUCUUCUUGAACCCUGCAGUCUACCUACACAGAAUAGAUGUGCCACAGCAACUUGUGUGUAAGGAAGAGGAGGUUGUACUUAGCAAGCAGCUCUGUUACCAGGAUAGAAACUCCAGUCCAGACCAAGAGGAGGCAGAGCCUCCACGGAUGAAAGAGGAACCAGAGGAACCCUGCAGCAUUCAGGAGGGAGAGCAGCUUGAACUGAAGGAGGAGACUGACUGGUUCAUGACUCCUGCUCAUGAAGAAAGAGACCACAGUGAACCAGAACUACAUGAACAGCAGCUCCUUUCUGACAGUACUCAUGUUUCUGAGGAUCAAGAUCCUGCAGGAAGCAAGGACAAGGACUCAGAAUCAAGUAGAAAUUCAGAGCCAAACAUUCCUGACAAAAUCCAUCAAAGCAGUCACAACACUGAUGUGUCAGAGAAUCAAUGUAAUUCUCUUCGAGAUCAGCCAUCUUUUAAUUGUGACGGUUGUGAUGAAAGUUUUAAGAACAAGUUAGCUUUACAGACACAUCAGUGUGUCCACAGUGGUAAAAAAACACAUUCUUGCAAGUAUUGUGGGAAAAUUUACAAAUCAAAGGGUUUAUUAACAAGUCAUGUAAGAAGUCACACAGGUGAGAAGCCUUUUACUUGCACAACAUGCAGCAAGUCUUUCACACAACAAAAACAUUUGAGAGUCCACAUACGUACACACACAGGUGAGAAGCCUUAUACUUGUACAACAUGCGGCAAAUCUUUCACACAAAACCCAACUUUGAAAGACCACAUGCGUAUACACACAGGUGAGAAGCCUUUUGCUUGUACAACAUGCAGCAAGUCUUUCUCACAUCAAACAUCCUUGAGAAAGCACAUGCGUAUACACACAGGUGAGAAUCUUCUUACCUGUACAACAUGCGGCAAAUGUUUCACAAAUCAAAAACCUUUGAGAGUCCACAUACGUUCACACACAGGUGAGAAGCCUUAUACUUGUACAACAUGCGGCAAAUCUUUCACACAAAACCAAAAUUUGGAAGUCCAUAUGCGUAUACACACAGGUGAGAAGCCUUUUAUUUGUACAACAUGCAGCAAAUCUUUCACUACACAACAACACUUGAACGACCACAUGCAUAUACACACAGGUGAGAAGCCUUUUACUUGUACAACAUGCGGCAAAAGUUUCAUACAUCAACAAAAGUUGAAAAUACACAUACGUUCACACACAGGUGAGAAGCCUUAUACUUGUACAAGAUGCGGCAAAUCUUUCACACAAAACCAAAUUUUGAAAGUCCAUAUGCGUACACACACAGGUGAGAAGCCUUAUACUUGUACAACAUGCGGCAAAUCUUUCUCAGAACAUCAAAAAUUGAAAGUCCACAUGCGUAUACACACAGGUGAGAAGCCUUUCACUUGUCCAACAUGCGGCAAAUCUUUCACACAACAACACGACUUGAAAAUCCACAUGCGUAUACACACAGGUGAGAAGCCUUAUACUUGUACAACAUGUGGCAAAUCUUUCACACAACACCAACAAUUAAAAUUCCACAUGCAUACACACACAGGUGAGAAGCCUUUCACUUGUACAACAUGCGGCAAAUCUUUCUCACAACAUCAAUACUUGAAAGCCCACAUUCGUACACACACAGGUGAGAAGCCUUACUCCUGCAGCACCUGUGGACAAAGAUUCUCUCGCCAACGAAGUCUGAAGAAUCACAACAAAAUUCAUACACAUGACUGAAUGGAAUAAAGUUCUCCGUCGCCACGAUGGAUUUCCGUCUUUUAGAAAAUGGGGGGCGGGGGGCUACACGUGUUUUUUGUUGUAAUCUCGUUAAGGCUAAGGCUAGACCAUACUUUUAGCCAGUCAGAGGCAGAGCAGGGCGGGUCAUGCUUGCCAAUGCACAGUAGGCCUGGAUGCUAGAAUGCUUGUUUUGCAAGAUCAUCAGAAACUGGCGAAAUUUCACAAGGAUGGAAUGGUCUAACAAAGCCAUCCCCAAAUGGCCCGCUAGCAGGUGUCAUCUGGCCCACGAGACAUUUUGGAAAAGAGAUAGAAAUUUUAAAAAAUUUAUUCAUUUUUAAUAUUUACCAUCUUAAGUGUUUAAAAUGCAUAUUUUGACUCAUUUAUCAUGAUCUUAAUUAUAGUAAGGAAAGGAUGUAAUACGAAAAAGACGCACGGCAGCGCAGCUGUAGCAUCACCUCAGCUCUGCAAACGUGCUGCCCAAAAAGAGGCUGAUACAGACUGCAUGACUUUUAAGACUGAAGGAGAAGUAUUUAUUUUUUCUGGUUUAAUAUUGAUUCUCUUGUUGAAGAUGAAGAAUUUAACCACCAUGCGCAGCUGCACAGACUCUCAUAGAGUCCAGACAUCCAUAUUUACACUCAAAAGAAAUAUUUCUGUCAAUAACACGUUUGUUAGUUUUUAACACUAAUUUAGAGAAAUAGAUUAUUUUAUCGAUUUGUGGUCUUUUUUUACUGAUAUGAGCUUUGUCAGUGUUGGACACGACACACAGAUGAGGGUGUGUGUUAAUGUGUGCGUUGGUGAGAGAAUGUGUGUCUCUGCUCUGCCUGUCAGACAACAACCAGGGAUUGUUUAACUGGGGCAAAAACUUUGCUUUUUGGAGCUAACAGUGGACUCUAUGGUAGGCCUGAGCAAUAUGGCCUAAAAAUCGCAUCACGGUAUUUUUCUUGCCUUUGACGAUAACGGUAUUUUAUCACAGUAUUACAAAAUUAAAAAGAGAUAAUGCUUUUUAAUCCAAAUUCAAGUGUUAUUAACCCCCUUCUCCCCUUAAAACAAGCCUUUGAUGGUAUACUUAAUUUAUCUCCAAGUAUAGGAACACAGAAAACAUGUUUUAUUUUUUUUUAGUCUCUCUAGAUUUACUUCUAACUGCAC